GUCCAAACAGCAAUCACUGAAUGUUUCGCUCAUGGCAAGUCGGUCACUAUUUCCCUCCUUCGUUCGUUUCUCAUGACUUCUACGCGUAUAAAGUCCUUGUGUUGUCCUCGGUUCUUCACCCACUCUAUCCACUUUGAGUACGAAGCCGCUCUCUUCUGGGGCUCCAGCAAAAGCAAGCGGGCACGGUAGAGAUGGCGACGACCUGUGUUACGACGAUGGCAAAGAUAGCCAGUAGACCCAGUCACCCCGUGUCGUUCAGCAACUCAUCGAAACCCUCUCCCCUCUUCAACCUCGAGACUUGGCGAUGCUCGUGGCAGUCAUGUACCCAAAAGCCAACUGAUGGAACUCCCACACCACCUCCUGGGAGCGGCCCAGCUAAAGUACCGAGCAGAAUCCCUUCCUAUUCUCAAUCCGUGGACUCUUUCCAACCCAUACAUGUCGCACUCGGAUCUCCCUUUCUGAAGACACCGAGGCAAACUGCAAGAAUAUGCCGACAGGAGGAGGCGGACCGAGGAGACGAAGUCACCAGCAGGGCGAUGAUGGGACUGAGAGGGAUUUCGAAGCGGCGAAGAACGGGAAAGUUCUCCGAUGUACAGUUUUCAUGGAUUCCUCAUGUCACCAGCACAGUUGCUGGUAGCCACGUCUGGUAUGGGAGUUGGGCGUUCGUUGUCUGUUUCAGAAUACCCGAGGCUGAGUUGGGGUAUGAGUUCGAGUUGGUUGCUUUCCUACUGAUGGAACACAGCUGUUCCUAUCUUGGUUAUUUCAUUCUUUUGCUUUCUUUGACUUCCUUCGAUUGUCGCUCUCUCCUGUUCAACUAGUACGGAGCAAGUGUUGAAAGUGUGACGUUCAGUGGCCCCCUCCAUUGCCUCCUAUUUUGCCUUUCUAAUUGGCUGUUGUCAGCUCUACCUUUGCAAUGGUCGCCUUUCCUACUAUUCUCAGGAGGACAGUAUGUUGUUUCCC